UUUGAGCUCAAAUUGUGCAAUAGUUUUUGGCUCAAGCAGUUGCACCCAUCGCAGACAGGCAAAGGGUCGUCAUGGCUGCUUCCGCUUUGAGCUUGAUGACUGCAGACUACAAGGACUUUGGCCGCUUCUACGAUGCUGACUCGGAUGCUACCACUACAUCCUCUUCUGAUGUAGCAGAGGUGAGCUUUGACCUCAACAACUUUGCACCGGAAGACUUUGCACAGCAGCUGCAGAGGAGAUUGAGGCAUCCAGCUGGCAAGAUGAUUGCUCCACCACCCAAGGAGCCUGCACCGCUUUUCAUUGAGGAAUCCCUUCCGCCGUCUAUGAAGGUGGCCACGCCCUUGGUGGCCUACAAUCUCAACCCGUUCCUGCCAGCCAAGAAGAGACCGUCCUUUGCAGAGGAGUUGGGAGCAUCUCAAGGAUUUCUGCAGUGCGGACCUCACGUUAUUCUUCGUCAUGCCAUCGAAAAUUUUGAACGUUUGUGUUGCUUUUUCAAAAGUGGCUUGUUACUUGUUGCUGUUGCCAUGGCACUAACCACGAAACUCCUGUCUGCUGCAUAUGCAAUUGUGUUGCAGUCUUAUCAUCAUCCAGGAUAGGAUUGCACUGAUUCUCAACAUGUGAGGAUGACCUGAUGACCUGGCCGCAGCACACAUCGACCAGUUUCAUUGAUUGAGGGUUUCAGUGGCUUGAGCCACCCAAAUGUUGUAUGGCAUCUUGCUCAACAGGGUUUCUGUAAUUUUGUGGGACUCUGAAGCCACAGACAAGCCAAAGAAGUUUAGCUGCUUGGGGGUCGCCGUUGCAAGGUUCACCUGGGAGCCUGCAGUCAUCCGGACAAGUGAUCUAUCAGCCUUCUGAGUGCCAGAGGAUGUUGGACAACGCCCUAGUUGCAGGUUUGCAGAUGUCUCACAAUGAGUUUCUGCAGGCUGGUAGGCGAAAACAUUCCUGCUACGGCGGAAAGCUGUGCAAGGAAGGUUCUAUGAUGCUGGUAUCACUAGGAAAGGCCAACGCAUUGAUCCGUUGAUGCAGAGAUUAAGGUAGUUUGCUAGUCUCGCAGAGUUCAAAGCGAACUCGCGCAGUGGGGCAGCCACUGUGGUUCUUUGGGAGGAAACUCUAUGGUUAUUGUCAUCCACAGGGAGGGAUUCAAACCCUGAGGAUCGCUGGGCAGUCCACUCCGCAGGAGUUUAUGGACACGCUUCAGCUUAUGAAUUUUGGAGCCCGCCCCUGGGGCUUUGAUGACACACCCUCGAGCGUCUGCCUGGGAAGUGGGGAGC